AUGGCGUCCAAAUUCUGGCCUAAAGGUGGUCUUCCAGGUAUCCUCCAUCAUUAUACCGAAACCCUCACCACAUUUGAAUACACAUCCGGCAGCAUCGCCAAACCCCACAGUCUCCUCUUCAUCGGCGGCUUAGGAGAUGGACUCGCAACCACCUCCUUCAUGGCCGAUAUCGUCCAAGCCCUCCAACCCACCCCCUGGUCCCUCUUCACCCUCAAUCUCUCCUCCUCCUACGCCCAAUGGGGAACUUCUCACCUCGACCGCGAUUCCGACGAAAUCGCCGAAUGUCUGCGCUACAUCCAAGCCUAUAAGCAAUCGCAAUUCCCCCACAGCAAAACCAUUCUCAUGGGCCACUCCACCGGCUCCCAAGUCGUGCUUCACUAUCUCCACAAACCCAAUCCCCACACCACGACCCCCAAAUUCGACCCCCAUCUCAAACACGUGAAGCGGCCCAUCCUCGACGGCGCCAUCAUGCAAGCCCCGAUUUCCGAUCGCGAGGCCAUCCAAUCCGUCCUCCAAGAUGGGCUUGGCAAACGCCCUGCCAGCGAGUGUCAAGCUGCGUUUCGCCAAAUCCAAGAAAUCGCAAAAGAUGCUGCGAAACGUGAUCAAUCGAUUGACAUUCUUCUUCCCAUGGCACUAACCUCCCAAAUCGGCUACGGCAACACUCCCAUCAGCUGUCGUCGCUUCAUGAGUCUCGCGAGUCCGAAGAGUCCGCAGCAACCCGAGGAAGACGAUUUAUUCAGCUCGGACUUGAGUGAUGCGCAAUUAGCAAAGACGUUUGGGAUGAUUAAAGAGAGGGGAUUAUUGCGGGAUCGGUUGGUGAUUUUUUAUUCUGGGGCGGAUCAGGCGGUGCCGGAUUGGGUGGAUAAGGAGGGGUUGUUGAAGAGGUGGAAGAAUGCGGCGGAUCAUGGGGGGAAGGAGAAUGUGUGGGAUGAUGAAUUCACGGCGAUUAUUCCGGGGGCUAGUCAUGCGUUGAGUAAUGAUGAUCAGGCCCCUGCGAGAGCGUACUUGUGUAAGAGGUUGGUGGGUUACGUGCAGAGGAUAGAGCAGAAGUGA